AUGACGGACCCCAGUGACAUCAGUCUGCCGCCGGAGGAGCGCGUCAGGAUCCUCACCAAGAAGGGGAGCUCGGUGGACAUCAACGACGAGGUGCCCUUGCGCCGCUAUUUCCGAUCAGGCAUGGAGAUGAUCCGUAUGGCCAGCAUCUAUACUGAGGAAGGCAACAUUGAGACUGCCUUUAUCCUCUACAACAAGUACAUUACGCUCUUCAUAGAAAAGGUUCCCAAGCAUCGGGACUAUAAAACGGUGAAUAUUCCUGAGAAGAAGGACACGCUAAAGAAAUUGAAGGACGUGGCCUUUCCUCAAGCUGAAAUCCUGAAGAAAGCACUUCUUAAGAGAUUUGAACAAGACUACGCUCAGUAUCGAGUCAAGAAGAAAGAGGAGGAGGAGGCUUUGGCUCUGCAGGAGUCCCGCCAGCGAGCGCUGGACGCUGAGCGGGAGCGUGUGGCCGAGAUGCAGCGGCGGCAGCAGGAACAGGAACAGUUCAGCGCCUUCGAGGAGAUGAUCCGACGCCAGGACCAGGAACGAGAGCGCCAGCGCAUUCUUUUGGAGUUCGCCGAGCCCUCGGAACCGCCCCCGGACAUGCCGCUCAUCCCAGGCAUAAGAGGUCCGCCGGUCAUCUCGCCCACAAUUCCAAACAACCCAACUGUGAACCACCCUUCCUCGGCCGUAACCCCACCCAGCUUUGACCGCUCACUUAAGCCCGGCUCGUUGGUCAACUUGACUGUAGACGCCCUUCGCCAGCUGUGUGUGCCGUCAGAGCUGUGCCGGAGUUUCCUCCGGCUGGCCGAUGCCAACACCAGCCGGGCUGUGGAAACCUGCGGAAUCCUGUGUGGAAAACUGACAAGAAACACAUUUACUGUGACGCACGUCAUCGUUCCGAAGCAGUGCGGCGGUCCUGACUAUUGCGACACAGAGAAUGAGGAGGAGCUCUUUCUUAUACAGGAUCGGUAUGAUCUCAUCACCCUUGGCUGGAUCCAUACUCACCCAACUCAGACAGCAUUCUUGUCCAGCGUCGACCUGCACACACAUUGUUCGUACCAGAUGAUGCUACCCGAGGCAAUCGCCAUUGUCUGCUCGCCCAAGUUCAAUGAGAUCGGCUACUUCAGACUGACAGAUCGGGGAACCAACGAGAUCUCCUCGUGUAAGCAGAAGGGCUUUCAUCCUCACAGUAGAGAUCCACCUCUAUUUACACAUGCCGGUCAUGUCACCAUCUCCAACGACACUGUCUCCGUGAUGGAUUUGCGGUGA